AUGGGCAACCGAACCAAAGGACGCCCCAAGCAGAAGUCCAUCAAGGCGGCAUCCCAUUCGGGGAUGGGCAGCAAGCGGAAGCUGUCUCGAAUGGGAAAGAAGCAAAAGAAGCAUCAUUCCGGAUUGGAUGCUACCUUCAUUGGUCGAACUGCCUGCGUCAAGCGUUUGCAAGUGACCUUGAAGGACUUUCGUCGACUCUGCAUUCUCAAGGGAAUCUAUCCUCGGCAGCCUCUAGGCCGUAUUCCCAAGAACAAAAAGGGGCAGACAUUUUACCACAUCAAGGAUAUCAAAGCCAUUGCCCAUGAACCAGUCCUGGAGAAGUUUCGCGAAUUUCGAGCCUUUAUGAAAAAGAUUCGACGGGCCGCAGGAAGAAAUGAACGGGACGAAGCCGCGAGAAAGAAUGCGAUUGUUCCUACGUAUUCGUUGCAUCACCUUGUCAAGGAACGGUAUCCGCGAUUUGUCGAUGCCUUGAACGAUCUCGAUGAUGCCUUGACAUUGAUAUACCUAUUUGCGGCAUUGCCCAGUGAAGGGGCCAUUAAGGCCAAAGUAACGAAUAAAGCCAAGGUAUUGGCGGCAUCCUGGGGGGCUUACUGUUCCACGACCUUUUGCAUCACCAAAUCCUUCAUAUCCGUCAAGGGUAUCUACCUCGAAGCGUCCAUUCAGGGUUCGACCAUUCGGUGGGUUGUUCCACACUCCUUCACGCAGUUCUUGCCAGAAGAUGUGGAUUACAAAGUCAUGCAAACUUUCUUUGAAUUCUACGAGACCCUUUUGGACUUUGUCCUCUUCAAACUUUACAAUGAUAUUGGUGUCAGGUAUCCAAUGCCCGUGGAAGGAGAUCCCGCCAAAUUGGAGGCAGGAAGCAAAAGUGCCAUCCUAUCGGCUAGUUUGAAGUCUUUGAAAAAUGCAUUGAAUUCUUCCACUGGUGCCAUUGGCAAUGCAGUCACCAAGUCGGUCGAAACUGCAGCUGCCGAAGAGGACGAAGAUGCGGCGGAAAAGCAACAACCACCAAAGAAGAACCAAUCCUCCAAGAAAUCCAAAGAAUUAAUCAAGAGUGUAGGAGAAGCACUCAGCAAGGUCGAAGAGGAUGACAAUGAUGAAGAAGCCGAAGAUGACGACGAAGACGCCGAAGAAGGCGUGGAUGUCGCUGGGCCCCUCAAAGCAGCUCUCGAGAGCAUGGCCGAGGAGGAAGAUCGCAAGACAAUUCCGGGCGGAAACGAAUCAGAACUUAAUGACGAUGCCUUGAAGCGAAAGCAUCUCUUUGCCGGUCUCACCUUCUUCCUUUCCAGAGAAAUUCCUCGUGGGUACCUGGAGCUUGUCUGCUUGGCGUACGGUGGUUCCGUUGGAUGGGAAGGUGAUGACAGUCCCAUUUCCGCAAAGGAUCCAAAGAUUACUCAUCACAUUGUCGACCGACCCAAACUGCCCGCGAGCUACAAUGGACUUCCCAAAUCGCGAGAAUUCGUUCAACCACAGUGGAUCCUCGAUUGUGCUAACUUUAUGUACAUUCUACCCAUUGCCAAAUACGCCGUCGGAGUCACCCUUCCACCUCAUCUCUCGCCUUGGGUGGACGACGAGGAGGAAGGAUACAAGCCAGCGUAUGCCGAGUAUAUUGAAAGGCUCAAGAAUGGUGAAUCUGUGGAGGAGAUUGAAGCUGAGGAAUUGGAAGCAAAGAUUCUGGCUUCCAAGAAGGAACAAGAGGACGAGUCAUCGUCCGAAGACGAAGAAAACGAAAACGACAAUAGGAAGGCAGAAGACGAGGAGCCUCAGAAUGACAAGGAUGAUGAAGAAGAAGAAGACGAGGAACAAUCCGAAGAAAGUGACCAAGAUGAGGAAAAGGCAAAGAAGAACAAGAACAAGAAGCGCAAGAAAGAGGAGGACGAGGCACACGAUCUUGCCAAGGUAAUGAUGAGCCGCAAGGCUUCCAGACUCUAUGGUAGAAUGCAGCGUGGAAUUGCCCAGAAGAAAGCUAGUGUCGAGAUUCUGCACAAACGCAGGAAGGCGCUCGAUGACCCGAGGGAAAAGGGGUCCAAAACUGUUUUGAAGCAGAAAGUUGAGCGUCUCAAAGACGAGCGCAAGGAUGUUGAACGAGCAUAUGCAAAGACUGGCGGUUCGAUGAAGAAGUCAAAGAAAAAGAAGCAUCAGCAGUCGUGA